AACGGCGUGUGCCCACGAUUGCCGAAUCAUUUCCAGUCGGUCCAGAGGCGAGCAAUCAUUCGAGUCCUUCGCAACGAAUCCAGAGAAAUGGCAGCCCGUUUCAUAAUCAGUGCGCUUCUGCUGGCUAGCCCAGCUGUAUGGGGAAAGCCCACCUUUGGACGAGAGCAUGUUCACAUCCGCAUUCACCUGCCGGAGAGCGGUGGAGAUGGUGGCCAUGGUGGCCACGGAGGCGGUGAUUUUGGCGGCCAAGGAGGUGGGGGCUAUGAGAUUCACUCCCAGGAUGGCGGAUACAGCGGCGGUGGAGGAGGCGGUGGCCAUGUGAACACCUAUGCUGUUAUCACCGAGAACCACGGAUACAGUGCCGGGGGAGGCGGAGGCGGUGGCCACGGAUACAGUUCCGGCGGAUAUAGUUCCGGUCACGAUGAUGCCAAGAUUGCUGCUAUCGCAGCUGCUGCUGGCUCAUCCUCCGAUCAUGGACAUGGUGGACAUGGAGGCAGCGGCGGACACGGCGGAGGUUAUGGUGGCCAUGCCAUCGCCAACAUUGCAGCCAUCGCCGCCAGCUCAGACUCUUCUGCUCAUGGUGGCAGCGGAGGAUACGGAGGGUACAGCGGUGGCGGUCACAGCGGAGGAGGUCAUGACACCCAGGUGAUUGUGGCUGCUGCUGCAGCUGGUGAUUCCCAUGGCUCUUCCGGCGGAUACGGAGGUGGCUCGUCUGGCGGAUACAGCGGUGGCUCCUCCGGUGGCUACGAUGGUGGAUACUCUGGUGGAUCCUCUUACGGCGGUGCCUCCUCCUACAGCGGUGGUUCGUCCUACAGCGGUGGUUCGUCCUACAGCUCUGGAGGAUACAGCGGUGGUCAUGGCGGCGGCUACAGCAGUGGCGGCGGAUCCAGCUACGAUACCCAGGUGGUGGCUGCAGCCGCUGCGUCCGGCAGCGGUGGCUCCUACGGUGGAACUUCCGGCGGCGGUGGAGACGGAUACAGCUACUCGGCGCCAGCCUCCGGCGGCUGGGCAGGAUCCGGCUCAAGCUGGAAGUAGACGGCAAUGUCCGUCCGUGGCCAUCUGGUCGUCUAGUCUACUGUUCACGUUUAACUUAUAUUUGACAUGUUCGCUCAUCCAUAUUCCACACAUUCUCCCAAGAUACUGGUGUACAAAAUAAACCAUGUUAGUGUAAUAAUUUAA